AUGCCAGACGGAGUUUUCGAUUUGACACAAAUGACAAACCAUUUCUCUCAAUCUCUUGUUGACACUGACAUAGAUCUCGCGAACUACUGCGCUGGUUUCAGGGAACUAAAUACGCUAAUGUAUUUUGUACUGAGAGAUGUGGACCAAAAGCUUGGAAUCCUAAAUGAUCUCCGAAAUCCUGAAAAGCAUCCAACUGAUUUUUGCGAACAUUUUUCCACAGUUCGAAAAAUGUGUACAUUUGAAGCCGAUCAGUAUGAAAAUAAUAAACUGAAGUCUAAAAGCAAUGCUACUAUGGGUAGUAGAAAUCUCUUGCGCCUUCAUCGUGCUUUCCUCUUCAUCAUUGAUUUGUUCGAAAAAGUCUGUAGUGGUCCUCCUGAAAUAGAGUUAUCUGAAUUGACGAGAUCCGCAUACGACGGAAGUUUGGCGCAUUACCAUCCUUGGGGAGUUCGAAAGGCCUGUGGUUUGGCGUUUCUGGCGCUACCCAAUCGUCAAACCUUCAUUUCAAAUCUCGUUGCUAUGCAAGCUUUGAAUAGUGGCCUAAACAGUGAGCAAACUUGUCAGCAAUACCUUUUGGAAACGUGCAUUCCUACUCUUCGCAAGGUGUACCAGACCACGCAGGAUAUCUAUGACCAAAAUAAUAUGCUAGAUCUCCCCUGA